AGAGCCAUGUACGUCUGGUGCACCAUGAUUCUGCCUGAGCCCCUUCGGUGGUCCCUGGGGGCAAUAGGAUGAAGUCCAGGCUCCCGGGCAUGACACAGCAUCUGGCCUUUCUUACCUCUCUACACGUUACUCACCCCACUUCCACCCCACCUGCCAACUUGCCAUAAUUAGGCUCCUGAAAUACUAUCCCCCAGCUCCUACUCAAGCAUGAGCACUCGAAAUCCUCCUCCUCCGUGACCCUCCCUUCCUCAGCCUUGGGCACCCACUCCCAGCGGCGGUGUGCACAGGUGUGUCCCUCCUCCCAGCCCCGGGCUGCCAGGAUGCGGGGCGGUGGGGCGGCCGGAGCAGGGUCAGACAUGGAAGCCCCAGCCCAGAGGCUGGCCCUCCCAAGCGGGGCCGCUAAACGAAGACGCUAGCAGCGGGCAGGAGAGCAGAGAGCAGUCCCUGCAGGGUGGCCAGCCAGGGCCCUGAGCCGGCGCCAACUGGAGGGGCCGGUGGCCCAAGGCUGGGACGAUCCUGUCUCCUCCCUCUCCCGCCCUCAGCCCGGCCUCCCCGCUCCCUGCUUCGCGUGCCUAUAAAACUGAACGCCCACUUUCCUCGCCUCUCCGCCGCUCAAGUUCUCCACGCUGUGUCCUGGGUUUUCCACUUCCCAGUGUCCUCCCCUUCACCUUGGGGGGCCUAGCUGAGCCCGGGAGGGGUGGGGGCCGAAUCCCAGCGGGUGGAGCAACCAGGUGAACCCUGAAAGGUAGGGCGGGGCAGGGGCGCUGGGGCCCCACCCCGGGAUCCGGUGACGCCGGGACUGGAAUUUGACACCGGUCGGCGGCAGGCAUGAGGCUGCUGAGGGAUGGAGUUGGGCCCGGCCCCCAGACACGGCCCACGGGCUCCACCAGCAGCAGGUCCCUCGGGCCGCAGCCCUGGCUGCAUCCUGGACCCAGAGCCCCGCACUCGAGAGAUGGAGCCUGGACGAGGAGGCCCUUCCGUGCUGCCCUGCUGGCCCCGGCCUAGGAGGCAGCCCGCCCUGUGGCCGUCGCUGGCCACCCUGGUGCUGCUGAGCAGCGUUGCUGAGGCCUCCCUGGGCCUGGCGCCCCGCAGCCCCGCCGCCCUCGACGGCCCCGCGCCGGCCCCGGCGCCCCCCGCCGGCCACCUGACCGGUAAGUGGAGGGCAGGGCGCGGGGAGGCUGCGGGGCGGCCCGGGACCCCGCGCGCGCACGCAGGACUCCAACUCCGUCUCCCUCCAGGUGGCCGCGCCUCCCGCUCCUGCGGCGGCAGAGCCCGGCGGCCGCCCCCGCAGCCGUCCCGGCCCGCGCCCCCGCCGCCCGCGCCCUCGCCCGCGCCCUCCCGCGGGGGCCGCGCCGCGCGGGCUUGGGGCCGGGGCGUCCACGGGAGGCGCGGGAGCCGCGCGCGGGCCGCGGGGGCGCGGGGCUGCCGCCUGCGCUCGCAGCUGGUGCCGGUGAGCGCGCUGGGGCUGGGCCACAGCUCCGAGGAGCUGGUGCGCUUCGGCUUCUGCAGCGGCUCCUGCCGCCGCGCGCGCUCCUCGCACGACAUCAGCCUGGCCCACCUGCUGGAGAAUAAGGCCCUGCAGCCGCCUUCAGGCUCCCAGCCGGCCCUGCAGCCCUGCUGCCGGCCCACGAGCUACGAGGCCGUCUCCUUCAUGGAUGUCAACAGCACCUGGAGGACCGUGGACCAGCUCUCCGCCACUGCCUGCGGCUGCUUGGGCUGAGGGCUCUCCCCGAGAUGUACGGACGGCACCCUUACACGAGGAAGUCUUCCUGUCUGGAAGGGACCACGGGCCUCAGCCAGGGAUGGACACCGCCCGCCUCCGCUGGGCUUGUGAUGGGCAUCAGCCCUGCAGGAUGAGGGACUGGCAGGCCUCACCUUGCUCGUCCCAGCCCUACAGACAUCAGAGACCUCGGCUAUGAGACCUUAGGACCGCUCACUUCUCACGGACUCUGGCACCGAGCAGGCCACAGAGCCAGGACUCCUCCUCUGGAGAACCCAGCAGAGUUUGAGGUCUCAGCCUCCGCCUGCCCAGGUCCUGGGGGGACAGAAUGGGAGGAGACACACUGCCCUUGCACGGCUGAAGUGCCUAUAGUGGAGUGGCCUGGUACUCACUCCAGAGACCUGGACCCCUAUUUAUUAUUUCUAAGUUAUUUAUUUA